CAUGAGAGGGUCGAUCCAAUAUAUCAGAAAACAUCAGAAUACAACAUAUUAGAUUUUCCACACUGAUCGCCGAAAAAAGUACACAAGAACUCCCACUAUCCUGCUUACUUGCUUCCUGAUUUGAGUAUGAAACCGUCAAUUUCAGAACACAGCAAACACAUGAUAUGGCAACAAACACUUGAAAAUUUAUGUGGCUAAGUUUGUCACACGGCAAUGCUUCUUGGAAGCACCAUACUGCGAUCUAUCUUAAUGUUUCUUUUCUCGGCUCUCGGUGCAAUUUCCCCCUCUAGUACUGACUUUCCCUUUUCAUCUCAGCUGCAAUCAAGAAUUUUGUUCAUCGGUACUGGGUCCUGCUUCCAAUCAAGCUCAACUGGGAAUGUGUACAGCUCAAGAUAUAUAAAAUUGCAUCCUAGUUUGCUGGACAUGGCAGUGGCCAUGAGCCUAUCCUAAGAUAAGAUAUCAACCAAAUCUCCUGAGUAAUUUGGUCACAUGGAAUAUCUGUUCAUCUCUCCUCAACUAGGCCAGAUCCCUAUUUGGAAUGUUAAGGAGUACCAAGCUGCCAUUCAUCUUUGAGCUCUGCAUUUCUGCCAUAAUUCCUGUGAGAUGUGACAGUAAUCACCUUGACACUGUAGUAGUCAGAGAGAAAUUCUUCAUUCUCCAAUCCUGCAUACGCAUGCUUCUGUAAAGUUGCAACAAGAUCAGAGUUUACCCCUAUAUAUAGUGAACUUGGAGUCUUGGAUCAUCAUCCAUCUUCUUCUUCCCAUUGAGUCCAUUCAUCCACAUUUUUCUUCUGAACUCGCACACAAGAGGUCACGAGAACUGCUCAUGAGGGUACACACUCGAUUCUCUGGUUCUUCUGAACUUUUUUACAUCGAAUGACAAAUGCUAAUUCAGCAAUCGUUGCUGCUGCUGGUUCUACUUCGGUUUCAGGCUCUGAACUGGGUGCAGACAAGGCUCCACGGGACGAGGAAACAAGAUCACACUGCAGUGUCAUCUCGACGCGCUCAUACCUCCGGUGAUCUCCACCGGAACGGCGACGAGCUCGACGACGGCUGGGCGGCGGCGAUGCUGUCCAUAGGCACGUUAGGGGGACCGAAGGGCCGUCAUGGUUCUGGCACGCCGUGGACGACGGCGGCGGCGGGCGCCGACGAGCUCGACAGGCUGCAGGAGGAGCUCAGGCUGCUGGUUCGAGCUCAGGCGGUGGUGACCGGAGGCGAGGACGACGACGGCGGCGGCGGCGGCGGCAGGCAACGCAGGUCACUGAGCCGCACGUCGAGCUCCACGAAUGGCAGAGAGGUGGUGGCCAAGCUGAAGCAGAGAUCGAUCAGGAAGAUCAUGGCCGCUGCUCUCGGUGGCCUCCUGCACCGGCCGAGCUGCAGGGAGACGAUGCCUGAAGCGACUGUCAGUGAGAUUAUAUGGUCAUUGUUGCACAAGAACACGCAUCCUGAAAAACCGGCGUUGCCACAUACUGUGAUGAAAGGUGAUCCAACGGUUCCGACGCCACAGAAGGAUAAACAAGAGGGCACCAAAUGGAUCAGAACAGAUUCAGAGUACAUUGUGUUGGAUCUGGAGAUAUAGACACCCCCGGUGGCAGUAAAGAGGCAACAAGAACAAUUUCCUGGAUUUUUUUUUCUUUUCUUGAGAGAGGAGACUAGCGUUUCUUUUUUGUACGACCGUACUUCAGUACAUGUACAUGUCUGUUUACAAAACGUGUUGUCAACUUCUAUUACAAAAAAGGGUUUCCCUUUUGCUUACCAAAUAAAAUAUCAAAGGAGAUUCGAGUCA